AUUUGAAUAACGUAGUAUGAACUGGGUAGUGGGUAUAACUAUCAAGUGAGAGCUGGAAUAUGGCAUACAAUUUAAAAUUAAUGUUAGUGUUGGACGUUGGCGAAGGAAAGUUUCGAUACAUUUUUAAAAGCGCCAAAUCAAAUUUAUUAAAUAAAAAAAUAAUAAAAUGACUGAUAUUAUAAGUGUCAUUGCUCCGAUUAAUAUGGCAGUAAUAAAAUAUUGGGGCAAACGGGAUGAGAAAUUAAUUAUACCGUUAAACGAUUCCGUUAGCGGAACAUUGGAUCCGAAAGUCAUGUGUGCUAAAACUUCUGUGUGUGCUCGACCUGCAUUUGAAGAAGACGAAUUAUGGUUAAAUGGUAUAAAAGAAUCAAUUACAAGCGAGAGGCUUCAAAAUUGCCUUAAGAAAAUAAGGGAGUUAGCAAUUGAACAAAAAAGCGUAGAUGAAGAAUUUUUGAAAUUCAAAGUUCAUAUUUGUUCCGAGAAUAAUUUUCCUACAGCGGCUGGCCUAGCUUCGUCGGCUGCUGGUUACGCAUGUUUAGUAACUGCCUUAGCUAAACUUUAUAAAGUGAAAACUGACAUCAGUGCCCUAGCGCGUUUAGGUUCAGGGAGUGCCUGUAGAAGUGUAUAUGGAGGAUUUGUACGGUGGUAUGCUGGUUCUAAUCCGGACGGCAGCGACUCUAUAGCAAAACCAGUCGUGGAUUCCGCACACUGGCCUGAUAUGAGAGUACUAGUUCUUGUAAUUGCCGAUACUAAGAAACAUACUAGUUCAACAAACGGUAUGAAAACAACAGUUGAAACUUCUGAAUUAAUGAAACAUCGUAUUCAAGUGUCUGUGCCGUCGCGAAUUGAGAAAAUUUGUGAAGCAAUUGUGAAAAAGGAUUUUCCUACAUUUGGAGAACUGACAAUGAAGGAUAGUAAUGAGUUUCAUGCAGUUUGCUUAUCAGCAUUUCCUCCCUGUGUAUACUUAACUAACACCUCACUUAAAAUAAUAGAGAUGGUUCAUUACUACAACAAUAUUUGUGGGAGUAUUAAAGUUGCAUAUACCUUUGAUGCUGGACCAAAUGCUUGUUUGUAUCUGCUGGAAGAAGAGGUCCCAAAAAUUCUGUCUGUUAUAAAAUAUUUCUUCCCAUUCUCAAAUGAAGACUUUAUUAAGGGUUUAAAGGCUCCACCUAUCAAAGAAUUUCCAAUUAAAUCUCAUAUCUACAAACCAGCUGCAGAGAAGGACUUAAUUAAUUAUAUAAUUUAUACAAAGGUAGGCGAAGGUCCUAUUGUUUUAAAAGAUGGACCUCAUUUGCUCAACGAACAUGGAUAUCCUCUUUCAUGAAAAUAACAUUUCAGAUAGUAAUUAUGAAACAUUUUUCAGUAUUAACAACUUUUAUAUGAUUUUAAAUUAAGAGUCAUUAAUUGUAUUAAAGGGUGCACAACAUGUUUUUAAGGGAGCGUUUGGUGGUUGUUAAAAGAAAUAAACAUUUUUUAUAUCUUUA